CCUGGAAAGUGGCCCUCGGGCACCGAGCAGCGACUCACCGAGGCCGCCACGCCCCUCCUGCACAGCCGCACCGCGACGAACACCAGUACCGAGAAGAGGAAGAGCGACGACACCGACGCCAAGGCGACCACCAGAUAGACGAGUGAACUAAGAAGAAGAACUAUCCUAAGUCUUCUGAAUUAAAACUGAGACUCAAUCUACAUUGAACUUCCUCAGAAAGGAAUCAUGAACACUGAAGCAUAUUUUGAAAGAAUUGGUUAUAAGCACUAUAGGAACAAGUUGGACUUGGAAACAUUAACUGACAUUCUUCAGCACCAGAUCCGAGCCAUUCCCUUUGAGAACCUUAACAUCCAUUGUGGGGAAGCCAUGGAAUUGGGCUUAGAGGCCACUUUUGAUCAAAUUGUGAGGAGGAACCGAGGUGGGUGGUGUCUCCAAGUCAAUCAUCUUCUGUACUGGGCUCUGACCACAAUUGGUUUUGAGACCACUAUAUUGGGAGGGUAUGUAUACAACACUCCAGCAAACAAAUAUAGCAAUGCCAUGAUUCACCUCCUACUGAAGGUGACCAUUGAUGGCAGGAACUACAUAGCUGAUGCUGGAUUUGGACGCUCUUACCAGAUGUGGCAGCCUCUAGAGUUAAUUUCUGGGAAGGAUCAGCCCCAGGUGCCUUGCACCUUCUGCUUGACAGAAGAGAGAGGAAUCUGGUACCUAGACCAAAUCAGAAGAGAGCAGUAUAUCCCAAACCAAGAAUUUCUUAAUUCUGAGCUCCUGGAAAAGAAUAAAUAUCGGAAAAUCUACUCUUUUACUCUUGAACCUCGAACAAUUGAAGACUUUGAGUCUGUGAAUAUAUACCUUCAGGAAUCUCCAGCAUCUGUCUUUACAAGCAAAUCAUUUUGUUCCUUGCAGACCCCAGAAGGUGUUCACUGUUUAGUGGGCUUCACCCUCACCUACAGGAGAUUCAAUUAUAAGGACAAUACAGAUUUGGUAGAGUUUAACACACUGAAUGAAGAAGAAGUAAAAGAAAAUCUAAAAAAUAUAUUUAAUAUUUCCUUGGAGAAAAAGCUUGUCCCCAAACAUGGUGAUAAAUUUUUUACCAUAUAGAGUAAGCAAUAAAAAUGGUCUCAGUAUUACUUCUGGUGCUGUAACUUUUUAUUAUAAAAAAGUUUAAACGUCUAUAAAAGUAGAGAGAAUGAAAUAAUAAACCUGCAUUUGUUUAUCACUCAGUUUAUCAGCUAUAAACUAGAGGCCUAUCGUAUUUUCUCAAUGCUCCCAAAUUAUACUGAAGAAAAUGCUAGAUAUCAAAUCAUUUCACCUUUAAAAAUGUCAGCAUAUAUAAUUAGAUAACAUUUAAAAAAACAUAACCAUAUAUUUUUUCAAAAAUAAUAAUAGCAAAGAUGUUUUAAUGAUGGCCUAUGGUUUUCUUGAGGAAAAAGUGAUUUAUGCUAGAAAACUUUCCACAUUGGUUAAUGUUGAAUUCAUACAACAUGUUUACCUAUAAUUCAGUAACUAGAACCUUGAGGGAAACUUUUUUAUUAAAUUCUACCAGUGUAUAUCCAAUGUCAUAUUUGUGCAGAAAUACCACAUGUAUAAUGGGAUUAUAAUUCAACCAAAAGAAAGAGACAUGACAUUCCUUCCAAAGAACCUAAUAUUUCUCAAGACAAAGUGUAAACCAAUACUUGUUAGCAUGUGAUCAAGUACCAAGAGAGGGACACAACUAAUAAUUUCUUACAUGGCUCUUUUUGCAACCACAGUUCUUCAAGUACCAUUUUUCUUAAUAUGGGAACACUACUAUUUAUAAUUUUCAAAUUUUGGAACUCAGUAUUUUUGCUUAAAAGUAAUAAGUACUGCAAAUUUAAAAAUACUUAUUAUCUAAAAACUUCAUAUUGGAAAAGUAUGUUAAAACAUGUUGGCCAAUACAAUAUCAGUCAUAAAAUUUUUGUUCGGCAUAGUUAGGUUAUUAUGGGGUUUCUUUUUUUUUUUUUUCCCUGCAGUAGAGUCUUCCUUGAAUCCUCGUUCUUGUCUCCCAGUUCUAUUCUUUUACUUCCUUUUACACUUUGUUGUAAGAGAAAGAGUAUGUGCUUCAAAGUAUACAGUUCUGAGUUCAAAUCCUGUGGACACCAGGUGAAUUAAUUGAUGAAUCUGUGGCUCCCAUUCCUCAGGUAUAAAAUGGGGACAAUACCUAUAUGAAUAAGUGCCUAACCGAAAGUACCAUCUUCCUUCCCUCUCAUUGGCCUUGUUCAGCUCUGCUGCUAUCUUGCAGCAUGGUUAGGUCAUGUAUGGUACUGUUGGACAGAAAGAAUUUUCUCACAUUCUGAAAAGACAAUGCCAAGGGAGGAGAUGUAAGCAAGAGAUACAUUCCAGAUCAAAAUGUGGCUCAAGAGAGGACCUUCAAAAUGGCGGAGGACUCAAAUAUUAAGGUCACCUCCCCACAAAUACAUCAAAAAUAUAUCUAUAUAUGGAACAACUCCUACAGAACACCUACUGAACACUGACAGAAGAUCUCAGACUUCCCAAAAGGCAAGGAAAUCCCCACGUACCUGGCCGUGUGGCUGACAGGGACUUGGUGCUCCAGCAGGAUGUCAGGCCUGAACCUCUGAGGUGGGAGAGCCAAGUUCAGGACGUGGGACCAGCAGAGACAUCCUGACCAUACGUAAUAUCAAUCACCGAGAGUUCCCCAAAGAUCUCCAUCUCAACACUAAGAAACAACUCCACUCAAUGACCAGCAAGCUGCAGUGCUGGACACCCCAUGACAAACAACCAGCAAGGAACACAAACACAUCCAUUAGCAGAGAGACUGCCUAAAAUCAUAAGAAGUUCACAGACACCCCAAAACACACCACCAGACAUAGUCCUGCCCACCAGACAGACAAGAUGCAGCCUCAUCCACCAAAACACAGGCACCAGUCCCCUCCAAUGGGAAGCCUACACAACCCACUGAACCAACCUUACCCACUGGGGACAGACAGAAAAACAACAGGAACUACAAACCUGCAGUCUGCGCAAAGGAAUACACAAUAAGUUAAGCAAAAUGAGAAGAGAAAUACGCAGCAGAUGAAAGAGCAAGGUAAAAACCCACCAGACCAAACAAAUGGAGAAGAAAUAGGAAAUCUACCUGAAAAAGAAUUCAGAGUAAUGAUAGUAAAGAUGAUCCAAAAUCUUGGAAAUAGAAUGCAGAAAACACAAGAAACGUUUAACAAGGACCUAGAAGAACUAAAGAGCAAACAAACAAUGAUGAACAACACAAUAAAUGAAAUGAAAAAUCCUCUAGAAGGAAUCAAUAGCAGGAUAAAUGAAGCAGAAGAACAGAUAAGUGACUUGGAAGAUAAAAUAGUGGAAAUAACUACCACAGAGCAGAAUAAAGUAAAACGAAUGAAAAAAAUUGAGGACAGUAUCAGAGACCUCAGGGACAACAUUAAAUGCCACAACAUUCAUAUUAUAGGGGUCCCAGAAGAAGAAGAGAAACAGAAAGGGACUAAGAAAAUUUUUGAAGAGAUUAUAGUUGAAAACUUCCCUAAUAUGGGAAAGGAAAUAGUUAAUGAAGUCCAGGAAGCACAGAGAGUCCCUUACAGGAUAAAUCCAAGGAGAAACAUGCCAAGACACAUAUUAAUCAAAUUAUCUAAAAUUAAAUAAAAAGGAACAUAUUAAAAGUAACAAGGGAAAAACAAUAAAUAACACACAAGCGAAUGCCCAUAAGGUUAACAGCUGAUCUUUCAGCAGAAACUGAGCAAGCCAGAAGAGAGUGGCAGGACAUAUUUAAAGUGAUGAAGGAGAAAAACCACAACCAAGGUUACUCUAACUGCAAGGAUCUCAUUCAGAUUUGAUGGAGAAAUUAAAACCUUUAUAGACAAGCAAAAGCUGAGAGAGUUCAGCACCAUAAAACCAGCUUUACAACAAAUGCUAAAGGAACUUCUCUAGGCAAGAAACACAAGAGAAGGAAAAGACCUACAAUAACAAACCCAAAACAAUUAAGAAAAUGGGAAUAGGAACAUACAUAUUGAUAAUUACCUUAAAUGUAAAUGGACUAAAUGCUCCCACCAAAAGACACAGACUGGCUGAAUGGAUACAAAAACAAGACGUGUAUAUAUGCUGUCUACAAGAGACCCACUUCAGACCUAGGGACACAUACAGACUGAAAGUGAGGGGAUGGAAAAAGAUAUUCCAUGAAAAUGGAAAUCAAAAGAAAGAUGGUGUAGCAAUUCUCAUAUCAGACAAAAUAAACUUUAAAAUAAAGACUAUAACAAGAGACAAUGAAGGACACUAUAUAAUGAUCAAGGGAUCAAUCCAAGAAAAAUAUAUAACAAUUGUAUAUAUUUAUGCACCCAACGUAGGAGCACCUCAAUGCAUAAGGCAAAUGCUAAGAGCCAUAAAAGGGAAAUCGACAGUAGCAAAAUAAUAGUAGGGGACUUUAACACCCCACUGUCACCAAUGGACAGAUCAAUGAAAAUAAAAUUAAAUAAGGAAACACAAGCUUUAAAUGACACAUUAUACGAGAUGGACUUAAUUGGUAUUUAUAGGGCAUUCCGUCAAGAAACAACGGAAUACAUUUUAUUCUGAUGUGCUUAUGGAACAUUCUCCAGGGUAGAUCAUAACUUGGGUCACAAAUCAAGCCUUGGUAAAUUUAAGAAAAUUGAAAUCGUAUCAAAUAUCUUUUAUGACCACAAUGCUAUGAGACUAGAUAUCAAUUACAGAAAAAAAAACUGUAAAAAAUAUAAACACAUGGAGGUUAAAUAAUAAGCUACUAAAUAACUAAGAGAUUACUGAAGAAAUCAAAUAGGAAAUCAGAAAAUACCUAGAAACAAAUGGCACUGAAAACACGACAAGCCAAAAUCAAUGGGAUGCAGCAAAAGCAGUUCUAAGAGGGAAGUUUAUACCAAUACAAUCCUACCUCCAGGAGCAAGAAAAAUCUCAAAUAAACAGCCUAAACUUACACCUAAAGCAACUAGAGAAAUAAGAAAAAUAAAACCCAAAGUUAGCAGAAGGAAAGAAAUCAUAAAGAUCAGAUCAGAAAUAAAUGAAAAAGAAA